GCGGGGCAGCGGCGGCAGGAGGAGGAGUCGGUGCCGCUGCCGGAUGCUGCGAGGAGGCGUCGCGGCCCCCCUGCGCUGCCGGCCGCUCACCUGAGCGGGCAGGAGGGAGGAGGAGCCGGCAUCCGAGCUGCGCGGAGCCCGGCGGCGGCGAGGCGGGCGGGAGCGCGGCGGACGGAGGGUCGGCCGGGCGGGCGAGGCCAUGGCGCCGGGCGCUUAGCGGGGCCGGCAGCGCGGCAGGAGGCUCGCGUCCCGCCGUGUGCGCCCGGCUGCCGGCGGGGGCAGCCGGCGGCCUCCGCCGCGGCCUAGGAGAGCGGGCGGCCUUCCCCUCAGCGCGCCGGGCGCGGCGCCGCCGCGGCCCACAAGAUGUCCACUCGGACGCCGCUGCCCACCGUCAACGAGCGGGACACGGAGAACCAUACCUCUGUGGAUGGAUACAGUGAACCACACGUCCAGCCUAUCAAGUCAAGUAGCAGACAAAACAUCCCCCGAUGUAGAAACUCCAUUACAUCUACCAAUGAAGAGCAUCCUCACAUUGGAAAUUAUCGCUUACUGAAAACAAUAGGAAAAGGAAAUUUUGCUAAAGUGAAACUGGCAAGGCAUGUGCUUACUGGAAGAGAGGUUGCUGUGAAAAUAAUAGAUAAAACCCAGCUAAAUCCUACUAGUCUGCAAAAGGGAGGCUGACACCAUCCCAUCUGUAAAAUAAAAUAGCUGGUUUCCAUUCAGCUUAUGCUUGACAUGAUUUGUGCAGAUCAGCAUCACCGAAGUUAACUUCAGCUGCCUUGUCCAGUUCUUGCUCUAAGAUGCAAACGCAUUGCAACCUACAUUUAAAACGCCUUUGAGUCAAAAUCUCCAAUCAAACAAGAAGCCCACCUCAGAGCCACUAACCAGCAAGAAAAUACCCAGAUUUACCUUGUGAUUUUGUUGAGUUCAUUUAGAAUUUGCCUUAGAAUAGCUGCUUUCUUUCAAAAGGUUGAGACUAACUGCUUCCUCUUGAUAUAUUCAUGGUGACUACCAGGUCUGUGUACCUGCUUUUGUAUGAGAAUAUAUGCUUCAGGUUUCUGAAAAAUGUCUAUUCCACAGGAUAUAUAGUACAAGAUGUUGUAAAAAAAUGUCUUGAUGUUUUCAUGGAAUAAACCUAAGCCCGUACUUUUGGGUCUUGGUGAUGUCUUCUAUUCAGAACUGGGGCAAUCAAAUGUUUGUUUCAUAUAACAAAGUAUCUGCAUCAGGCUAGAGGUCAGUAAUGUUCUCUCUUUAGGAAAAUAGACUUUUAUGUCCAUUUCCUAAUAGGAUUUUUCCUUUACGGAAGAAAAAACUACAUAUUAUGUGGAACAAAAUUUCAUGUCACUGUGAAAUCAAUUUGAAUCUUAAACCAAUUAGUAAACUUCUAAAUUCUAUGAGAAUAUUGAACAGAAUAAUGCACUCUUCUUUUGCACGUAACAUGCAUCACAUUACAUGUAAAUUUGUGUUCGUUCAUGAUCUUUUUUUCUAGAUUUUAAAUUAUUAUGGUUUAAUAUUUUGAUCCUGCUUAUGAAGACAUGCAUUCAUUGCUGUAACUUUUAUACUAGCAUUAGUACUGUUACGUUAUGAAAUAUCUUUCCAGUCGUUUGGCAGGAAUUGCAGUAUUCCACAUACCUGCUUAGAAGCUCUUCUGAAGCUGCACCAUCUGUUGGCUUAGAUUUGUUAGCUUCUGACUAAUUGAUAGUGAUUUAGCUGAGAAACUUUUUCUUGUGCAACAAAUUUGAAUAAUUAGGGGGAAAAAAGCACAAAGGUGGUAUGAUGUUUUUUGCAUGGGAAUAACUGACUCUGAGGAAGCAAGAAUAUUUGCUGAAGUUAAUUCUAGUGCAUAGUGUUACAUAUCCAUGUGUUACAUUUAGAACACAAGCAAACUGCAUCAUAUAGUUCCUGUUUUCUCAGAGAAAUGCUUUUAUAGUAUUUGCUUCCUUCUGAAUUUUUAAUGGCAAAUUGAUAGUAACUUGCUUGAAAUAGUUAAAUAAUGUAAAUAUAGGACUACAAUAAUAUUACUCGAUCAAAAGCUGAAUUUCAAAAAGAUAUUGCUCUAUAGUCUUAACUUGUAGAAUAAAUGCAGAAUUUUAGAAAUGUUAUGACUAAGCUGCACAAAUGGAGUAAAAAAAAAACAAACCCAUCAGUGUUGUCUAAGCAAAAUAAUUUUAAUUUCUCUUAACUUGUAGCCUUGGCCAUCAUAAAAUAAAAACUAAAGUGCUACUCUUUGAGGUGGUGUUCAGUGUCUGGUUUGUGUCAUUGUACCCUUUUGCAAAGGUAGCAUCUGAACAAAUAGGACUAAUUUUGAAAACAUAGGGAGAGAUGACGUUCCUCAGGGGCUGGUGUUGGGACCGGUGCUGUUUAAUAUCUUUGUCAGUGACGUGGACGGUGGGAUUGAGUGCACCCUCAGCAAGUUUGCCAACAACCGCAGGCUGUGUGGUGUGGUCGACACACUGGACAGGCUUGAGAAGUGGGCCUGUGUGAACUUCAUGAAGUUCAGCAAGGACGAGUGCAAGGUCCUGCACAUAUGUCAGAGCAAUCCCAGGCACAACUACAGGCUGGGCAGACAAUGGACUGAGAGCAGCCCUGAGGAGAAGGAACUUGGGGUGUUGGUGGAGAAGCUCAGCAUGAACCAGCAGUGUGCGCUAGCAGCCCAGAAAGCCAACCAUAUCCUGGGCUGCACCAAAAACAGCGUGGCCAACAGAUUGAGGGAGGGAAUUCUGCCCCUCUACUCUGCUCUGGUGAGACACCCCCCCACCCCCCAGAGUACUGCGUCCAGCUCUGGGGUCCCCAGUACAAGACAGACAUGGAGCUGUUGGAGCAAGUCCAGAGGAGGGCCACGAAGAUGAUCAGAGGGCUGGAGCAUCUCUCCUAUGAGGACAGGCUGAGAGAGUUGGGGUUUUUCAGCCUGGAGAAGAGAAGGCUCCAGGGAAAUCUAAUUGUGGCGUACCAGUUUCUGAAGGGGGCCUACAGGAAAGAUGGAGAGGGACUGUUUACAAUGGCAGGUAGUGACAAGACAAGGGGUAAUGGCUUUAAUCUGCAGGAGGGUCAAUUUAGAUUAGAUAUUAGGAAGAAAUUCUUCACUGUGAGAGUGGUGAGGUACUGGAACAGGUUGCCCAGAGAGGUUGUGGAUGCCCCAUCCCUGGAAGUGUUCAAGGCCAGGUUGGAUGGAGCUUUGGGCAACCUGGUCUAGUGGAGGGUGUCCCUGCCCAUGGCAGGGGGCUUGGAACUAGAUGAUCUUUCAGGUCCUUUCCAACCCAAACCAUUCUAUGAUGUCCUCUGAAACAUCAGACAAGCAAAACAGCAACAACACACUUCUGUGUUGAGCCAAGUUUCUCUAUUGGGAGGACUGUAGUACUAAGAUAUUUCCAAAAUGUCUAAGCAUUAUGCUGAAGCCAGUGAGCUUUUCUCCCUUCAUUUCAGCAUCCUACUUCAGCCCAAUACAGAACUAAAGAG